GCUCCUUCCUUAGAUUUCUGAAACAGUCUGUGAGUCUGUCUGUCUUGUAUGUUAUAGGCAACCCCGGGCUUUCCUCUCUUUCACCCACAAAAAACCCUAAUACCCAUUUCAUUUUCUGAGCCGAACCCUCGUGGAAAACUGCUCUUUCUCUUUCCCUUUGUAAUAGCUGAUAAUGAUGGUGAUGAUGAUGAAAUCAUGGGACCCUGAUGACUUUUCUCUUUGCUUUCAAUGACUUUGCCUUUGAAUCCCGCAAAAAAUCUUUUUUUUUUCCACCGACUAUUUGUUCACUAUUCCGUUUAGAAUUUUCCUUAUAACGUUCAAGUCAAUCUUUUCGUCUCUCUCUCUCUCUAUAGUUUCUUGCGCUUUAUGUUUGGGCCUUUUGGGGUUUCUGGGUAUCGUAUUCGUGCUUGUACUGGGUGGUCAUUAUAAGUGGUUCUGAUUGUACUUGAAGUUUUAUGUGCCUUUCUUUAAUUUUUAAAUUCUGGGUCGUCGGUCUUGGUCGUAAAAUGGUGGGAAUUUAGUCGCUUUCUUAGAGUUUACUUUUGUUUGUAGUUAUAAAAUUGUCUAAAUAAAAAAGAUGGUUGGCGAUGAGGAAAUCUGGGGUUCUUGAACUAGAAAGGGCUAGUUUAUUGUUUUCAUAUUGGUGGGCUUUUUACAAAUAUUGAUUUUUGGGUUGUCAGGUCAAUAUUGGAAUAGGAAUUGGGUUGUUGUGAUUGGGUUUCAAUUGGGUUGUUUUUCACUGUUUCCCCCUAUUUUAUUCAUCUGGAAAACAUUUGUUCUGAAAAAUUUAUUUUUGGUAGGAGGAGGGGUAGCAAAUUUUGCAAAUGUGAGCUUUCUCGUUUUGAUGAUGAUGAGAAUUUUAGAAUUUAUUUUGAUUAUGACUUCUUAAGAUAUCAAGUAUAUACAAUUUUAUCUAGGUUUGUCCUAUUUCUUUAUUUUCCUUCGGAAUUUAAGGCUUCUUAUUGGGUAGCUGAGGUUUCCUAUUUGGUUUAUUUACGAUGGAUUUGAGGUCUGAGGAUGUUGGAGGUGUUAAGACAGAAAAGAAGAUGGGCAAUCAAGAAGAGAAUUCAAAAGUAAAGGGUACAGGAAGUGUUAGUAGUAAAGGUAUGAUGUUCCGAGCAGAUCAAAUUGAUUUGAAAAGCUUGGAUAUGCAGCUGGAGAAGCACCUGAGCCGGGUUUGGUCGAAAAACAUCGAUAUCCAAAGGCCCAAAGAAGAGUGGGAGAUUGAUUUAUCUAAAUUGGAUAUCAGAUAUAAUAUAGCUGACGGGACCUAUGGUUCUGUAUACAGGGGUACUUACGACAGCCAAGAUGUUGCAGUGAAGCUGUUGGACUGGGGAGAGGAUGGUAUGGCCACAUCUGCUGAAACUGCCGCUCUGCGGGCAUCAUUUCGCCAAGAGGUUGCGGUUUGGCACAAGCUUGACCAUCCUAACGUUACAAAAUUUGUUGGAGCUUCAAUGGGAACUUCAAAUCUUAAGAUACCUUCUAAAAACCCUUCAAUUGAUGGUCGCAAUUCCCUUCCUUCUAGGGCAUGUUGUGUAGUUGUGGAGUAUCUCCCUUGCGGGACCCUAAAAAAGUUCUUGAUAAGAAAUAAGCGAAAGAAACUUGCCUUCAAGGUUGUGAUCCAACUUGCUUUGGACCUCUCUAGAGGUCUUAGCUAUCUACACUCACAGAGUAUUGUACACCGUGAUGUAAAGACAGAAAAUAUGUUACUUGAUGCUCAACAAACUCUAAAAAUUGCUGAUUUUGGUGUUGCCCGUGUUGAAGCUCAGAAUCCAAGGGACAUGACUGGUGAAACGGGUACCCUUGGAUACAUGGCCCCAGAGGUUCUUGAUGGUAAACCUUAUAAUAGAAGAUGUGACGUGUACAGCUUUGGCAUAUGCUUAUGGGAAAUUUAUUGCUGUGAUAUGCCCUACCCAGAUCUUAGCUUCGCUGAUGUUUCAUCUGCAGUUGUUCGACAGAACUUGCGUCCGGAAAUCCCCAGAUGUUGUCCAAGUUCUUUAGCACAUAUCAUGCGCAAGUGCUGGGAUGCAAAUCCGGAUAAACGUCCUCAAAUGGAUGAGGUGGUGCGAAUGUUAGAAGGAAUUGAUACAAGCAAAGGAGGAGGGAUGAUACCAGAAGACCAAGCUCCGAGCUGUUUCUGUUUUUCCCCUGCUCGUGGUCCCUGAUCAUUUUUGUUAUACACUUGCGUGCUUUGUUGAAUUAAUUGUGCCUGGAAAAACGAAGAAAUUGGUGGAGCUGUUCAUUGGAUUUUUAGGUCUGCAAAAUUUGUUUUGGUCACUUAGGUUUUAUGGAAAUUUAUAUCAAAUUGUAUUCCAAAGUGAUUUGUGUUUGUGCUAUGGGUUUGGUAUUGGUGAUAGAGUCAUGAUAUACCUAAUGGUCUGGAGGGCAAGGUCAUGUUGGAAGUAACAGAGAGCUUAGGCAAUCCCUGCAUGGGAAACUGGAAAGCAACAUUGUACAGACACAAGGAAUAAAUAUAUUUUCAUAUUAUGAUA